AUGCUCCGGCUGCUGAGUUCCCUCCUGCUGGUGGCCCUUGGAUGCCCCUCCUCUCUCUCCUCUCCAGCCUCGGGCUCUGGCCAACCUUGCCCCACCUCCAGCCGCGUGGUCAACGGUGAGGACGCGGUCCCCUACAGCUGGCCCUGGCAGGCCAUGGUGCUGUAUGAGGAGGACGGGAACCUGUACUUCAUCUGUGGCGGGACCCUCAUCGACCCUGACUGGGUUAUGACUGCCGGCCACUGCUUCCCCUACACCGGGACCUACUGGGUGCUGCUGGGUGAGCACGACAUUACUGUCUCCGAGGGACCUGAGCAGUUCAUCCCCGGGGAGAAGAUCAUCGUGCACCCAGACUAUGAUGACGACGCGUCCAAGGGCAAUGACAUCGCCCUCAUCAAGCUGUUACACAGCGCAGAGGUGACAGAGGAAGUCCAGCCCGCCUGCCUUGCCCCCCGUGACUACCUCCUGCCCCACGGGACGGAAUGCUACAUCACCGGCUGGGGCACCACCUCCACUGGAGGGUCAACCCCAAACAUUCUACAGCAGGGGCUGCUGCCUGUGGUGGACUACGAACACUGCUCCAAGCCAGAUUGGUGGGGCUCCACUGUGAAAGAGAUCCAUGUGUGUGCCGGUGGCGACGAAGUCGCUGGCUGUAAUGGUGACUCCGGGGGACCCCUCAACUGCCCCACAGAAGAUAGCUCCUGGCAGGUGCACGGCUUGGCCAGUUUCGUCUCCUCCCGAGGCUGUGACACCCUCCAGAAGCCCACGGUGUUCACCCGAGUGUCGGCCUUCAUUCCCUGGAUCGAGGAGACCAUUGCAAACAACUAGGACCAAGGCCUGGCUGCCCAUGCUGACCCCACGUCCUGUGUAAAGAAUAAAGAGCUCUCUCAAGUCCCGA